CUUGUACAGCGAUCAACAAGCUUAAGACGCUUGCGAUUUAAGAGCUUAUUCACAGUUUGAAUAGUGAUACCAGACAAAACAGGCUCUCGCUUAUUGCUUGUAUUAGAUGAUAUGCUUGGCGGAAACGAAAGUAGGAAUGAAAGAAAACAACCACGAACACUUCGUAAUUUGAAGAAACAUACUCUUCAAUGCAGAGAACAACUGUUUUAUGACGCGGGUAGUAAUUAAAUCCACGAGAAAAAUGAUUGCAAUUAUUAUUUUCAUCGCCCAUCGAUUUAUAGCACAGACCGACGGAUUCCGGCUAAAGGACAUGGUGGCGGCCCCAUUCACCCCCUUCACUGCAGACGGGGAGGUGAACUACAACAUUCUAGACGACUAUGCAGACUACAUAGUGAAAACAAACUUCACUGGGAUUUUCGUGAACGGUACCCUGGGCGAGGGUCUAUCACUGACGCUGUUAGAACGGAAGUCGCUGGCGGAAGGAUGGGUGCGCGCCUCCCGCGGCCGACUGCAGAUCAUUGUGCACGUGGGAGCCACCUGCGUGCGGGACAGCCAAGAGCUAGCCCGCCAUGCAGAGGAGAUAGGGGCCACUGCCAUCGCUGGACUCUCCCCAUCCUACUACAAGCCGGAAAGCGAAGAAAUUCUUGUCGAGACUAUGUCCCUUAUUGCUGGUGCUGCGCCCAACACUCCGUUCUAUUAUUACGACAUCAACUUCUUCACUGGACUUUACAUCAACAUCCGGAAGUUCAUGGAGCUGGCCAAGGCGCGAAUCCCGACCCUGCGGGGACUGAAGAACUCCUCACGGGAGAUUCCCGGGUCAUAUGACUGCACCUUCGUCGAGGAAUGCCAGGUGCUCGUCGGCACGGACGUGCAAUAUUUAAGCUAUUUGGCGCACGGCAUUUCGGGGGUUGUAGUGGCUUCGUAUCUAGGCAACCUGUUUGAUGACAUGCGCAGAGCGUAUCAGACUGGCGACACGGCAAAGGCACUCGAGCAUCAGAACAUUGCUCACAAAAUCAACAACAUUCGGAAUAAGCACGGAGGUGGAAUUAACGUGGCUAAGGCGAUGUUUAAAAUCCUGACGGGUCUCGACGCAGGCCCCGUACGUCUUCCGUUACGUUCGCUCAAAGCUGACGAGUUUAACGCUAUAAGGGGGGAUUUAGUUGACGCCGGGCUAACGGACGUAUCCCUGCCCACGGACCAGUAGGGACCCUGAUCAGUACCCGAUGGUUUUACAUCGUUAACCCAUUUAUGCCUAGCGUUUAGAAAAAGGCCUUGGCAAACAGCGUAGACCGGCGUCUCAUCUGGGUCUGCGCUGUUUGCUUAAAGAAAUUUCUGUAAGAAAUAUUAUAAAUAUAGAAAUAAAUAUACUAGACUUCCCUAAUUUUGGAAAUAAAUUGAUCCAAUUUAGAAGGAUGGGAGAGUUCACUAGGCUUAAAUUGGUUAAUUGUCAAAACAUGACCUGUUACACGCUACAGUGGGUGCGGGGAAAAUAUCAUCUACGGAAAUCUAGUACGCGACCGAUUGGAAAAAUAUCGAGACUAAUAGAACACAACAUAUAAUUAAUUCAGACUUAAAUAUGAUUUAGAUUUAUCGUAACUUUAGUACAUCGUUUUUAUGAUUAAGGAUAUAUAUGUGAUUUAAUAAAAGUAUAAUCGGAA